UUCACUGUGAUUGUGACAAUUGUCUGGAAUGGAUCAGAGGCUGAAUUUGAUUGGACUGUUGCAGCUGCUGUUACUUGCCACAUCUGGCAAUGGCCUUGAGUGGACUGUUCCCGAUGUCGUUAGCUCUAUAAAGAAUGUCGGCAGCUCCAUUAUCGAUCCCAAGCUGCUGCCUACACCACAAAGUCUGCUCGAGGGUAGUAAACAGCUGCUGGUUGGUUUACCCUUCGAGUAUGUUUCCUCCUCCAUCAACUACAUAUGCUCCCAGGCGCUUAGCUCCAAUAAGAUCAAGUCCAAAUUUACGCCGGACAUUACAAAGAUGAACUUUCAACUGCGCACUGCCUGUGUCCGGACCAGUUUUCCCCUUCUGGAGGCGGAAAAAAUGUGGAACAGUCCAUCAUUUGAUCCCACUAAACGUGUUGUCAUUCUGGCUACCGGCUGGACAACUCAAGUUAAUGAUACUGAAACUAUUGAUAAAAUGGCACAGGCCUACAAUUGUCGUGGCGAUUCUAACUUUGUGGCCUUGGAUGCUGCCAGCUUUGUGGAUACCUUAUACUCGUGGUCGGCCUUUAACACGGAUGAAAUUGGCUUGCAUCUGGCCCACGGAUUGGUCAAACUCUUGGAUGUGGUGAGCGUGGAUAAAAUUCAUUUAAUUGGACACAGUCUGGGAGCGCAUAUUGUGGGCGCAGCUGGCCGUUAUAUGCAGCAAUUGACUGGGAAAAUGGUGCCGAGGAUUACGGGUCUGGAUCCGGCCAAGCCGUGCUUCAACGAGGGUGAAACUCUGUCGGGUUUGCUGCGUGGCGAUGCCACAUUUGUCGAUGUCAUUCAUAGCAAUCCGGGAGUGCUAGGCAAACGUGAUCCCAUGGGUGAUGUUGACUUUUAUCCCGGUGGAUUGUCAGCACUGCCUACGGGCUGUAUAACCGUUACCUGUGCGCACGCACGCGCCUGGGAGUAUUUCGAGGAGUCCAUUUAUCCGGGCAACGAACGGAACUUUAUGGCCAUACGUUGCAGCUCCAUUCAAGGCUUGCGCAAAAAUAAAUGCGUUGGCGAUGAUUAUCCCAUGGGAAUCGCAGCGCCGCCUAGCCUGAAGGGCAACUAUUUUCUGGACAUCAAUGCUGCCAAACCCUAUGGCAAGUUGAGUUCCAGUCAACGCUCUGCACGGCUGUUAAACUGCGGAGAAUGUGCUUGAUCUGAAAUAAGAAGAAAUCGAUAAUACCAAAAUAUCAAUUUUAAUCUGCUUUGAAAAUGGCAAAAAAUACCAAUUAAUUACAAUUUAUAUACUAAUUUAAGCUUUAGUAAUAGAGAUAUCUAAAGAAAAAUUAAGGAAGCGCUAAAAACUUAUUUCCCUCACCGAUUUUUAAGUAGCUAAUGCUCCUACAACUACAAAUUAUAAAGAUAAAUACGUGUGUAUGCACAUAUGAUUAUUUUUAUAAUUUUUGUGGCAUUUUGCAAAUUUUUUAGUUGGUCUGGUCUUGGUCCGUUAAGCCUCUAAAUAAACUUAACAUAUUAAACGUUGACAAUUCAA